GACGGCCGACUUCAGGUCGGUGAUCGACUACUGUCGAUCGAUGGGAUACCGCUGUCGGGAAUUUCCGGUGCGGAUGCACUCACGCGAAUGAAAACAGUUAUCGCGCGCAACUUGGCGGAAAAGCGACCUUCUGUACGCUUGCUCAUCGCUCGAUUGCGAGUCGAGCCGGAGACGUCCAGCGCGCAUGAGCAAAGAGAGCGGAUUGGGGAC